AAAAGUGCGGCAGCCCAACGCUCCUCCAAGAUCGAAAUUUGUGGCCCGACGGAGAGCGACAAAGAAGUAAAAAAACAUAAGAAGAAGAAAAGCGAACGCUUGCAGCGGCGGUGGCGAGGGCGAAGGAGUGGAGGAGAUCAUCCCUUUACCCAAUCUCCAUGCCCUAACCCUCCACGAGAAUUCUCAUUCCCUAGAGAGAGCGGAGAGGGGAGGGGGGCGAGGGGUGGAGAGGGGAGAGAGAGAGAAAGAGAGAGAGAGAAGGGGGGGGGGGGGAUAGGAUGAAGGAGGUGGUGGUGCACAUCUACGACGUGACGAACAGCGGCUCGGAGAAGACCAACAACACCAUCGUCCAGAUCAAUCGAAUCUUCAAGGACGGCAUUGGCCUCGGUGGUAUCUUCCACAGCGCCGUCCAGGUUUAUGGAGAUGAGGAAUGGUCAUUUGGGUUUUGUGAAUACGGCAGUGGAGUUUUUAGCUGUCCACCACGUAGAAAUCCUAUGUAUACCUACCGUGAAUCGAUUGUCCUUGGAAUGACAAACAGUUCUAUUUUCACGGUAAAUCAGAUAUUGAGGGAGCUUAGCAGAGCAUGGCCUGGAAGAUCAUAUGACCUGCUAUCAAGAAACUGCAACCACUUUUGUGAUGCUUUCUGUGAAUUGCUAGGUGUACCAAAACUUCCAGGUUGGGUCAACCGGUUCGCCAAUGCUGGUGAUGCUGCAAUGGAAGUUGCAGGAAAUACAGCAAUAAAGCUGAGACAAGUGAAAACAGAAAUUGUGAAUGCUAGCAAAUUGGCAUGCAGAUUCAUUUCUGGUGUUGCCUCAAAUACACCAGCCACACCUGAGACCCCAAGCAAUUCAAGCAAUGCAAAUCCCCAUGUCCAGAGCACAUGGUUCACUAAUCUGAUGAACAAUAUUGGUGCCAAACCAUCUAGUAGUACUUUAGAGUACCCUGAGGACUCCUCGUCCUCUGAAUAUGAAGAGUCAGAAGAGUCAGAAGAUGAACAUCCACACCAGCGGGAAGAUGAACAAAUACAACUCAGCCUGAAGCAUGCCAUGUGAGAAGAGGGUUUCACUGUGAUGUGUAUCAGCUAUGAAAAUUCUUUAGAAGCAAGACAUAUCUCUUGUUUAUCAAGAUGAAAACCGUUUUGCCUUUAAAUUCAUUUACAUGACAACUGCAAGCAAAAAUACAGUUGUUCCAACAAACUACCUUAACAAAGCAAGUUACAUUCAGAUACAUCAUUUCUGAUGAGAAUGUGACAGCUGUGGCAAGGCCUUCAGAAGCAUGGAGGUGAUGGAGUGCACUGCUGUGGCAGCUAUUCUGGAUUUGAUCUGCCCCCGCUUUGGUAUUGGCCUUUUACUCACUGUCCUCCCAUUGCUGAAUGCAGUGGCAAGAACAGCAGCAACCUUGGUGCUCAUUGUGCUAAAUGGAGGUAAGCUGCAUCGAGUCUUGCUGUCUUUGGUGGUUUCUUCUACUUGUCUUUGCUGUUGUCUUUGUUAUUGGUCUAUAUAUAGAGGUCUUGGAAGCAGGGAUGCAAGUUGUAGAAACAGGGGCUUGUUUGUAUGAGAAAGGAGUGCUCUGGUAGGUGUUUUCUGGUGGGGAGGCAUGCCAGCAAAUUUUGUCAGGUUGUCAAGGAUAGAUUCCAUUUUGCUCUGAUUAGGAUGAAUAAAAGAGUGAACCACCCUGAUGAUUCUACAUCCCUCAUAAACAAUCAAAGGACAUGGAUGGGUUUAAAAUUCAGCUGUGUCUGGUAGGUACAAUAGGUGUAAUAAAUGAACAUGUUUUGCUUCUGAAUUUUCAUAGAUUUCACAGU